AUGGCCUGUAAUUGCCUUAUCCGUUCUCCAUAUCCGCCCAUAGGCCUACUUAGGCGACCUCGUCGCAAAGCCAUUUUGCCCAUUUCGUGCAGCCUUUCUGGAAACCCAGAUAACGUUUCAGUGGAAGAAGAAUCGAAGCUCAAGCGGACCCCACUAGAUUUGUUCAAGCUCUCAGUGACACUAACCGUAGUCUCAGCCUCUCUCCCCCAGCCCUCUUCAGCUGCGCCCAAAGUGUCCAAGAAAAGGCAGUCAAGGAAAAAAACCGAGUUCCUAACCCCUUACGAGCUGCAGAAAUGGUGGAAGGGGCUUCCCUUGGUGUCCCACAGGCUCCGUUAUACUGAAGUAUUGGAUUUGAUGAGAGAAAAUAAGCUGAAGCACAUCGUGAAAUCCUCGGAUGGCGAAUUGAAGUGGCGGGGGGGAGUUGUUCUGGUGGUUUUUGAUGAUGACAAGGUUUUCCGGGCAGUUUUGCCCUCGGUCGAGAGUGAUCCGGCCUUCUGGGAAGAAUGGGACGAGUUGAAAAUCGAUGGCCUUUGCAUGAAUUCCUACAGUCCGUCCGUAAAGAAUCCUAAUAUGCCAAGUCCUUACCUUAGAUUCUUGCAGAAAUUCUCCACAUGGGCUUUCCAACGGGCUUUCUCGUUGUUCAAGGCGCCGCCUCAGUCGAAAAAGGCACUAGAGUUAAAGAGAAUGAGAGAGCAGAUAAAACAGACGAGGAGUGAUGAGCUGGAAAGGAUUAAAGAAGAAAGGGAGUUGGUGGAAAUCGAGAUGAAAAUGCAGAAGAAACUGGAAGAGAAGCAGAGAAGAAUGGAAAUUAAGCAAUUGAACUACGAAAAAUCCCUUCGCGAGGCGCAGAGAAACUCGGUUAUGCAGUCCAAGAUGUGGACAGAUUUGGCAAAUAAUGGAUUUGUCACAACAGGCCUUGGUUUCUUUUUUUUCUACGUAUUUUACCAGACAGUCGUUCUUAAAUACAAAAAGCAGAAGAAGGAUUACGAGGACAGGUUGAAGAUAGCGCAAGCGGAGGCUGAGGAGAGAAGGAAAAUGAGGGAGCUGGAAAUGGGACUGACCGGAAUUGAAGGUGAUGAAGAGGAAGGGGCAAAAGGGGAAGAAAACCUAUAUGUGAAGACUGCGAAAGAGUUCACUAGGUCUGGGGCCCGCGUACGUGGGGUUAGGAACAGGCUCCCACAGUAUUUGGAAAAAGAUGUGGAUGUGAAGUUCACUGAUGUGGCCGGGCUCGGAAAAAUCAGGAUUGAGCUCGAGGAGGUUGUGAAAUUCUUCACUCAUGGGGACAUAUACCGGAGGCGGGGGGUGAAAAUACCUGGAGGUAUACUUCUAAGUGGGCCCCCUGGUGUGGGGAAGACUUUGUUAGCAAAAGCCGUUGCUGGUGAGGCAGGUGUAAAUUUCUUCUCCAUUUCCGCAUCUCAGUUUGUUGAGAUGUAUGUUGGAGUCGGUGCUGCUCGUGUUCGAUCACUUUACGAGGAAGCAAAAGAAAAUGCUCCAUCUGUUGUUUUCAUUGAUGAACUGGAUGCUGUAGGAAGAGAACGUGGUCUGAUUAAGGGAUCUGGCGGACGAGAACGUGAUGCUACUCUAAAUCAGCUUCUUGUGUGCUUAGAUGGGUUUGAAGGCAAAGGUGAAGUCAUCACUAUUGCCUCCACAAAUCGGCCCGACAUUUUGGAUCCAGCACUUGUGAGACCCGGGAGGUUCGACCGGAAAAUAUUCAUUCCUAGGCCUGGGCUGAUAGGCCGUAUGGAGAUUCUCAAGGUUCAUGCUCGGAAUAAACCAAUGGCCCCAGACGUUGAUUACAUGGUUGUUGCUGGUUCGACAAAUGGGAUGGUUGGUGCUGAGCUGGCGAACAUCAUUGAGGUUGCUGCAAUCAACAUCAUGCGUGAUGGGCGUUCAGAGAUUACCACUGAUGACUUGUUACAAGCUGCACAAAUGGAAGAAAAUGGGCCGACAGUAAGAAAAGAGAAAAGCCCGAAUAUGUGGAGGCAAGUGGCUACAGAUGAAGCAGCUGUGUUAGUGGCUGCCGUCAACUUCCCGGAUCUCAGAAAUAUUGAGUUUGUGACGCUAGCACCAAGAGCUGGAAAUGAAUUCGGUUAUGCACGAAUGAAAUUCGAUCACUUGAAAUUCGAGUCGGGCAUGUUAAGCCGGCAGUCUGUCUUGGAUCACAUAACCGUCCUACUCGCUCCACGUGCAGCUGAUGAACUCAUCAACGGGAAAACUCGGUUGAGUACCAUAUCGUCAGGCAGUUCACAUGGUGCCAGAUCAGCUGCGAGGGCUUUAGUUCUCGGUGGCCUUUCUGAGAAGAAUUAUGGAUUGAACAAUUUCUGGACUACAGAAAAGAUAGAGUGUAUUGAUAUAGAGGCGCUGAAGAUCCUGUACUCGUGUUAUGAACGUUCAAAAUCGAUAAUUCAGGAUAACAUGGAUCUCUUGGAUGCUGUUGCCCGUGAGCUUGCAGAGAAGAAAAAUUUAACCAAAAAAGAAUUCUUCAACUUAGUCGAGCUGCACGGGUCCCUUCAACCUCCGCCACGUAGCAUAGUCGAUAUCAGAUCGGAAAAAUUGUUAGAACUGCAAAAUAUGAUGGCCCACAACGAGAAAGCAGCUGUCGAGUUAAAUGUAUGA